AUGUUUCCCACCGCCAUUCGUCUCUCCGCGGUCCGCGUCACCCUCUUUACCCGCGCAAACUGCGGUCUCUGCGAUACCGCCAAACACACCGUUACCCAGCUGCACAAGCGCCGUCCUUUUGACUACUCCGAGCUGGAUAUCCAGCUCCCCAGCAACAAGUCCUGGAAGGAUGUCUACGAUUUUGAUGUGCCCGUUCUACAUGUGCAAUCGGUCCAGGCAGACGCGUCGUUGUCUGACCCAAAGAAGCUGUUCCAUCGGUGGACGGAGCAGGAGAUGGAGACUCUGAUCGACCAGGUGGAGAAGCAGUAG